AUUCAUAUAUUUUUCUCUUAAGAUGACUGAUGUAUUGAUGAAACCUAUUAUGACAAUAAUGGGAAUAUUUAUUAUACAUUUUUUUAUUAUGCUGCAAUUGAUUGGUGGAGGGAAUGGAGAAAGAACAAAAGACCAGAUGUAUGAAAAAAUAGAUGGUUCAAGUGCUUGUUACAGAAGGCUGAAUGCUACUCACCAAAUAGGAUGUUCUUCAAACCGAGGAGGUUCUACAGGUACUAUACAUGUUUGUGAUAGCAAAAGAGACCUGAAUUUCUUAUUGGUCAAUGGUACAGCUUUUCCAUAUAUACCUGUUCUACCAGUUAAAUAUUUCAAUGUGGAAAAUUUGGAGAGAAUGAUUGAAAGCAAAAAGGUAUCAGGGCUUGUUCUUCAUUUAAAUAAUGAGACACUUAAAUCUCUAGAUUAUUUCACCCAUGAUUAUCAGUGUCCUAACCCAUACUCAAGUUUAACUGAUACUUGUAAUGAAGUGUCUACUUGGAAUCCUUAUGGUACAGGGUUGUUAUACAGAGAUAUUCCUUUUCCAAUAUUCUACAUAGACAGUUAUGAAGAGGUACUAAAAAUGAGAAAUUGUUUUGAAAAAUUCAAUAAUUUUUCUUAUGAAAGUCAGUCAGAUAGAUCAUUAUGUUCCUUGGAAUUGAAGUCAUUCAUGUAUGCCACUACAAACACUCCUACAUGCAGAAGACGAUCAAAUAUAAUAACAAACUUGAAUCCAGUUAAGUUCUGUGAUCCACUAGGUGAUAGUAACAUAUGGGCUAGCCUGUAUCCUUUAGCUGAUGGUCCACGAAGAAAUGAAACAAAACCAUUGAAAGACUACAAAUACAUCAUUAUUUCUGCAAGGUUAGAUGCAACAUCUAUGUUCGACAAAACAUCUGGAGCUAACAGUCCUGUAACUGGAAUUGUUACAUUGCUAACAGUAGCAAAAUAUCUGAAAGAAAUUCUUCCAAUAGAAAUUGUAAGAGAAAAAAAGACUAAUAUUUUAUUCAUUUUAUUCAAUGGUGAGACAUACGAUUACAUCGGAUCUCAGAGAAUGCUGUUUGAUAUGCUCAAAGGUUAUUUUCCUCUGAAAGGAGCUGCUGAAGACAAUAUCUUACCAGUGAUUCGUCCAGAAAAUGUUAGCUUGUUCAUAGAAGUUAGUCAGCUGGGCAACAGUAAAGAUAGGCUAUUUGUACAUCACUUGACGAAGGGAAAUGAGGUACUAGGUUUCUAUGAAAAACUCGUGGAAUAUGGCAAACCACUGCUUAAAUUCGACAAUGUGUCUGAUAGUCUGCCACCAGCUUCUCUCCAUACAUUCAUGAAAAAAAUACCAACUUUUCCUGGUCUUCUAAUAGCUGACCAUAAACACAGCUAUUCAAAUCACUUUUACAAUUCAAUUUUCGAUAACUCAACUAACAUAGGAUUUCAAUAUUAUGAUGUAUUGGAAAAUGAUGAUAUAAGUAUCCCUACAGAUAGCAUACAGCAGUUGAUAGCUAAUUUAUCUGAAACAAUAGGCAAGAGCGUUUUUGAGGAAGUCAGUCAGACCAAAUAUAAUGGAGUAGAAAGAGCCGAUGUUAUUCUGGCGAAUGAAUUACUAUAUUGUUACCUGGAAGAUCCAAAUUGCAGAGUGCACCGAGCAAUACAAAGGGGUAAUAAACUGCCAAAAAUUCCCUUCAGUCUUUAUGUUGGCGUCGAUCAUGUGACCAAUUUUAUGACUUCAUUUACUUCGCUUACGUUAGGGUGGCUAACAGGAGUAGUAGAAAAGGGUGAUGUGAAUUGCACGAAUAAACCUAGAAAUUAUGCAUUCAAGUUCUACAACAUGUCGAAAAGCAUUGUUGAUUUGAAUACCACAUUGUGUUACAAGAUAACAAUGAACACCACAGAAGCUGUUAGUCCUGCUUUCAUAAUGCCAGAUUAUAACUGGACUUCUGGGGAAUUCAGUACCUGGUCCGAAUCAACUUGGUCAGAAAUCAACGUGAGAAUGUUUCUGAAACCGUCUGCUGCUCACGAAAAAAUGUCUAUUGCUAUCGGUUGCAUAUCUGUGAUAUUUUCUUUUAUAUUGGUAUAUUUUGUGAAAUCUAGGUCUCACAUACUCUUUACUCCUCCCUUGCCCACUGAAGCUCCAACAGAUUGUUAACAGAAAUUAUAAUUGACAAAAAUGUGAGUCAAAACUACGAGCAGCACACUUACUUCAUUCGGUUAGUUAUUACAAAGAUCAUACACAUCUUUGGUUAAUAACAUAAUUUCUUUAUUCUCUAGAGAAACACAAAUACUCUAGUGCCUUGAGUAAAUCAAGUGAGUGCUAUCCUCUUUGUGUGAAAUAUCUGAAAUAUACACUCUUAAUACUCUAAUAUAUAAUUGGUUAUGUUUUCACUAGUAAAGAUAUUAUUCAACUGAUGUAAUGAGAUUACUCAAGGGAGUUGUAGAGCAAUAAUUCCUGACUAUUGUGAAUGAUGUUAUCAAUUUUCCUGAUUUCAAGAUUGUAAUGCUCAUGUUCUAAUUGUACUCACCUUCUCUUCAGGUCCAGAUGAAAUGUUAAUAAUUAUACACAUUCUGACUGGGUUAUUCUUAAUGUGAUAAGUAGUAUUAUAAUUAAUAAAAUAUUAAUUUAUC